ACUUGAUAGUUAUUCAUUAUCUGCUAAUGGAAGUUUUAAUAUAUAAGUUCAUUACAACAUGCAGACAAUUGCAACAGUAUGCAUGUUCUUGGCGGGAAAAGUUGAAGAAACACCCAGACCUCUGAAGGAUGUCAUACUUCUUUCAUAUGAGAUCAUCCACAAAAAGGAUCCUGCUGCAGUUCAACGAAUAAAACUGAAGGAAGUAUAUGAACAGCAAAAGGAACUUAUUUUACUCGGAGAACGUGUUGUGCUUGUGACACUUGGUUUUGAUUUGAAUGUGAACCAUCCUUACAAGCCCUUGGUUGAAGCAAUAAAAAUAUUCAAGGUUGCUCAAAAUGCACUUGCUCAAGUUGCCUGGAAUUUUGUCAAUGAUGGGCUCCGCACUUCACUUUGCCUACAAUUUAAACCACACCAUAUUGCGGGUGGUGCAAUCUUCCUCGCUGCGAAGUUUCUCAAAGUCAAGCUUCCAUCAGAUGGCGAGAAGGUCUGGUGGCAAGAGUUUGAUGUAACUCCGUGGCAGCUGGAAGCCGACCGCGCGCUCACUGCCUGGUAG